CACGCAAGCGAAAGGAGAGGAGGCGGCUAAUUAAAUAUUGAGGAGAAAGUCGCGUGGGGAGAGUAUCGUCACGUGGGUCCCGGGGCUCGUCGAGCCUGGGAUAAAUACCGCAGGGCACCCAGCAGGCAAAAGAGCGCGCUCGGAACCCUCCUUCGCCGCCGCUGCCACCGAGAGCGCGGAGCCCCGCGAGCGCUCAGACCAGCCCGAGGGACCCCGCGGGCCUGUCCGCCGCACAAUCCAACAUGAAAAUCCUCGUGGCCUUGGCAGUCUUUUUUCUCGUCUCCACUCAACUAUUUGCAGAAGAAAUCGGAGCCAAUGAUGAUCUGAAUUAUUGGUCCGACUGGUCUGACAGUGACCAGAUCAAGGAGGAGCUGCCGGAGCCCUUUGAGCAUCUUCUGCAGAGAAUCGCCCGGAGACCCAAGCCUCAGCAGUUCUUUGGAUUAAUGGGCAAACGGGAUGCUGAUUCCUCAAUUGAAAAACAAGUGGCCCUGUUAAAGGCUCUUUAUGGACAUGGCCAGAUCUCUCACAAAAGGCAUAAAACAGAUUCCUUUGUUGGACUAAUGGGCAAAAGAGCUUUAAAUUCUGUGGCUUAUGAAAGGAGUGCAAUGCAGAAUUAUGAAAGAAGACGCAAAUAAACUACCUAACAUAUUAUUUAUUCAGCUUCAUUCGUGUCAAUGGGCAAUUAAAGGUAAAAUAAGAUGCUCACUAUGAGGAAUAAUUAUUUAUGUGAUAACAAUUGUUAUUUUGAGUUGAAAACUCAAAAAGGUGUUUAUUUUUCAUAUUGUGCCAAUAUGUGUUGUAAACAUGUGUUAUAAUUCUAAUAUGAUGACUCCCUCAGAAGUUGGAAUCAGUGAUAGUUUUGCAACAAAGCACAGUGUUCAAUGAAUUGUAGAACCCUGUCAAUGAUACAGUCUCCAAAGAAAGAAAGAAUUGCUCUGAAGCAGUCAUACCAGCUACUGCUAAAACUUCCGACAAUCUCGUGCUUCCCUAUUUUUUUCAUGGUGAAAAUAUACUGAGAUUUUGGUAUCAAACUAUAUUUGUAUCCUUGAAGCAUGUUUCAUGUUUGUGACUACAUAAGAUGUUUUUAAGAGUUUUAAUGUGACUCUAAGGUCUUCUUUCCAUUGUAUGAUGUGUUGUGAUAGCUAACAUUUUAAAUAAAAGAAAAAAUAUCUUGAA